CACAACCUGGUGCCUCAGCCCCCCUUGCCCAAGUACAUCCACCCCUCCGACGAGCUGAUCCUGGAGGAUGAGCUGCAACGGAUCAAACUGGAAGGAGCCGUCGAGGUGCAGAGGCUGGUGACAGGGACCAUCUUUGCUGUGUACGGCUCCGCGCAGGACGAUGGAAAGUUCCUGGUGGAGGAUCACUGCUUCGCCAACCUCACGCAGCUGCUGGUGGACGUGGUGACCGGGCAGCUGGGCGCCGAGGGGGAGCAGAGCUGCGCCGCACAGAUCUCCCGUGUCAUUCUGGCGGGGAACCUGCUGAGCCAGAACACGCAGAGCCGGGACACCAUCAACAAGGCCAAGUACUUGACCAAGAAGACCCAGGCUGCGAGCGUGGAGGCCGUGAAGAUGCUGGAUGAGAUCCUGCUGCAGCUUUGCACCUCCGUGCCUGUGGACGUGAUGCCCGGUGAGUUUGACCCCACCAACUAUACGCUGCCCCAGCAGCCGCUGCAUCACUGCAUGCUGCCCCUCGCCAGCGCCUACUCAACGCUCCGGCUGGUCACCAACCCUUACCAGGCCGACGUGGACGGCAUCAGGUUUUUGGGGACGUCAGGGCAAAACGUCAGCGACAUCUUCAAAUACAGCAGCAUGGAUGACUACCUGGAGAUCCUGGAGUGGACGCUGCUGGCGGGACACAUCAGCCCCACAGCCCCGGACACCCUGGGCUGCUACCCCUUUUACAAAUCGGACCCUUUCAUCCUCACCGACUGCCCUCACGUCUACUUCUGCGGCAACGCUCCCCGCUUCCAGUCCAAGCUGCUCAAAGGGGAGGACGAGCAGCAGGUCCUGCUGGUGACGGUGCCUGCCUUCAGCACCACGCAGACCGCCUGCCUCAUCAACCUGCGCAACCUCAGCUGCCAGCCCAUCAGCUUCUCCGGCUUCGGGGCCGAGGACGAUGACGGGGACAUGGAGGUCGGGCACUGACUGAGCAGGCAGGGCACGGACUCGAUAAACCCCUGGCCCCUC